GGGUCUUCACCUUUCGCGUGCAGACAGGGAAGCAGACUUUCAGUAAAAAAAUUAGAAAAAAAAAAAAAACAAAACAAAACAAAAACCCAAAGCUCCGCCCUCGCACUUUUUGAAAUUUGAAAAUGGCCCUUAUAAACCCCGCCUCUCUCUCCUUCUUCCCCUUUCUUUAUCAAAUCGGGUUUCCAAGUCAAAAAGGAGCCAAAGCUCGGACCCGGCAGCUCAAAUCUCUGCAUCUUCUUCGCUAGAAAUGGAUUCUCUACCCGAUGCCAUUGUGUACUAUAUUUUGUCCCACAUAAGCAAUGCCAAAGAUGUGGCCUAUUGUUCUUGUGUUUCCAAGCGGUGGAAGGAGACAAUGCCAGCAGUUAGGAGCCUCUUCUUCCCUCGAAACCUUUUUGACAACUUUAAGGAUGGAAACCCUGAUGCUGUAAUUGGACGGAUGAUUUCGUCGGUUGAGAGAUUAGAAGCGCUUUGUAUCUACUGCUCGUUCUCUGGGGUUAGUCUUGCUUCAUGGCUUUCCCUUGUUGGACCAUCACUAAAGAGUCUCGAGUUGCGUAUGGACAACUUGAGUGAACUCCAAUCCGACAUGGGAAGUCCCUCCAAGUUGGAUUCUAUAAGAGCUGCGUGUAAUUUGGAGUCUCUGAAGCUCUGGGGUGUGCUCAUGAAACAUUCCCCGAAAUGGGACACUUUCCACAGGCUUAAGAAUCUUGAAAUUAUUGGUGCGAGGGUUGAUGAUAUGGCACUUUCUGACACAUUGAAGCACUGUCCUAAUAUAAGGCAGCUGCUGCUGCUUGGCUGCGAGGGCCUUCGGUCUGUCAUAAUUGAGCUUCCACAGCUAGCGCUUUGUAAGCUUGAUUUCUAUGGCGCUGGUAAUUGCUCUCUGUCUGUCAAUUGCCCAAAGCUUGAAAACCUCGAAAUACAAGGCUGUAGUUGGAUUAAAGUUCCCGAGACCCAGUUCUUGAAGAACCUUUCUAUUUCCAACAGUUCAGGUACAGGGCGAGUUUAUAUGCUAGAUUUUGGGAAGCUUGUAGCUCUGGAGACCUUAGCCAUGAGGGGAAUCCAGUGGAGCUGGGAUGCUAUAAGCAAACUGCUUCAAAUGGCGAGCGAAGUGAAACAACUCUUCAUGAAGGUGGAAUUCACAGGGGAUUUCGAAGCACUUCUGCCUUUCCCCGAGGUUGAUUUUGCAGACUUCUUCAAUAGCCACCCCAAGCUUCAAACAUUCGACAUCCAUGGCGCUAUGUUUGCAGCACUUUGCCAGAAAAACAGCUUGAAAAACCUAGACUCAAGCUUCGGGAUUCCUUGCCUUGAAAAGGUGGUUGUUACAGUGAGAUCACCGCUGAAUGCUGAACAGAAAAUGAGUACUCUCGAGUCGUUGCUAAGGUACGCCAAGAAUUUGAGAAACAUGAAAAUUAAGAUUCUUCAGAUGAAGAGCUGCCACACCAGCUCAGAUGAAUUUUUUGAGGAUAUCUGCAGAUUCAGUCGCAUGAACCGCAAGAUUGUUUCCAUUGAAUAGUGACUACUGAGAUUUCACCAUUUUUUUUUUGUCCAUUGGUAACCAUUCUUGUUGUCCUAUAAUAAAGAUGCUUGAACUUUCAGGCUUAUACUCUGAUGAUGAUUGAUUCACAAUUGACUGUUUUUAUUUAUUUUUA